AUGGCCCGCACCGGCGGAACCCUCUGCCUCAGCGGCGUCCUCAUCCUACUAGCUCUCGUGGGCGAGGUCAGGACUCAGCAGGGCGGCGGCGGUGGGUUUGUGAGGACCAGCGGCGCCGAGUUCGUCCUUGACGGCGCCCCCUUCCUGUUUAAUGGCUUCAACGCCUACUGGAUGAUGCACGUCGCGGCGGAGCCGAACGAGCGGCGGAAGGUAUCGGAGGUGUUUAGCGGCGCCGCUGCGGCGAGCCUCAGCGUAUGCAGGACGUGGGCCUUCAGCGACGGGGGCGAGGGGGCUCUGCAGACGUCCCCUGGAGUGUACGACGAGCGCGUCUUCCAGGUUCGCCAUUAAAACUCUCUUUCCACAAGCUCAAAGUUGUACUGCCGUGGCGUGGGAGCUGAUUCUUAUCCCCGCAGGGCCUCGACUUCGUGAUAUCGGAGGCCGGGAGGCAUGGGAUUCGCCUGAUCCUGAGCCUGGUCAACAACUUCGACGACUUCGGCGGGCGGCGGCAGUACGUCCAGUGGGCUCGCAGUGCGGGCGUCUCCGUCGCCAGCGACGACGACUUCUACACGAACCCCGUGGUGAAGGGAUACUACAAGAACCACGCCAAGGUACGGAGCAUGAACAUCUGACAGGAUGCGUUCACAGUAGCCACCAUUUGUGGAGACAUGAUUCAUCUCAACGAGCUUCUUCUUGGGCUGACGUCCUCUCGCAGAGGGUGCUGAGCAGACUCAACACCGUCACCAAGGUGCCAUACAGGGACGACCCGACGAUCAUGGCGUGGGAGCUGAUCAACGAGCCCCGUUGCCAGGUCGACUACUCCGGGAGAACGGUUCACGUGAGACUCCAACUUCUCUGAGGACGAGCCACAGAGAGCGAGAGAGAGAGAGAGAGAGAGAGAGAGAGAGAGAGAGAGAGAGAGAGAGAGAGAGGGGAAGAGAGAUUGAUAGGUGAAUGCUGUGGUUUCAGGCUUGGGUUGAGGAGAUGGCUGGUUUCGUCAAGUCCUUGGACAGGAAUCAUCUUCUCGAGGUGGGGAUGGAGGGGUUCUACGGGGACUCCGCUCCGGACAGGAAGCAGUACAACCCGGGAUACCAAGUCGGCACGGACUUCAUCAGCACCAACCAGGUCAGCGACGUUGACUUCGCGACGAUCCACGCUUACCCGGACAUAUGGUGAGUUCCUCCCGCCGCCGGAAAUCCCCUUCGUGGCACUCGCCGGAAAAGUCUGAGGGGUCCUCCGUGAUCUCUGCAACAGGCUCUCCGGGCAGGGCGAGGGCCCGCAGGACUCCUUCGUGCAGCGGUGGAUGUGGAGCCACUGGCAGGACGCCAUGACGGAGCUGAAGAAGCCGCUGGUCUUCGCCGAGUUCGGCAUGUCGAAGAGGGAUCCUGGGUACACCACCGCCGAGAGGGACGCCUACAUCGACGUCGUCUACGGCGACAUCUACAGCUUCGCGAGGGCCGGGGGGGCCUUCGCCGGCGGCCUGGUGUGGCAGCUCAUGGCGGCAGGCAUGGAUUCGUACUACGACGGGUACGAGAUCGUCCUGUCGCAGGAGCCGGACACCGGCGGAGUCCUCGCGAGGCAGUCCCGUCUGAUGACCUUCCUGAGGCACACCAUGUCAAGGCCCCACGGCGGUCCACAGAGCGGCAGCGCCACCGCCGGCGUCGACCGGCAGGAGGACAGGAGCCGGCAGCCCCGGCACGUCCGCGGCCGUCGCCAUGGAGCUCGCGGGCACGCGCUCCCUGGAUCGAAGAUGACGCCUUGA